CCCUCCCAAACCCUCUUGCUACCACACAACACACAGAAACGUGUUCUUCCUCUGCAACAAAUCAUGAUCACCAUCCUACUCUUCUUGCUCUGUGCUGGGUUCAGCCAUGGCGCCAAAAAUGAAGGAUCAUUGGAAGGGAGAAAAGGGCAGUGGCAAAUGCUCCUCAAUAACACCGGCGUGGUUGGCAUGCACACGGCUUUAACCUCCAAAAACACAAUCAUAAUGUUUGAUCAAACCGAAGCUGGCCCAUCUGGCUACCCACUUCACAAACGCUUCAAUGGAAGCAGGUGCAACACCAGAAGCCACAACGAUGUGGUGGACUCAACAUGCUAUGCUCACUCUGUAGAGUAUGACAUAAGUGCCAACAGAGUGAGGCCUUUGAGGCUUGACUCUGAUCCUUGGUGUUCCUCUGGCUCUUUCCUCAGCAAUGGAACACUUCUACAAACUGGUGGGUAUGGCAGAGGUGCCAAAAGGAUCAGAUUCUACCGCCCCUGUGGGAAUCACCAAUGCCACUGGAUCCAAUCAAGGAAAUCUCUAUCUGAUGAAAGAUGGUAUGCUUCUAGCCAAAUACUCCCAGACCAUGACAGGGUAGUUAUUGUUGGUGGAAGAAGGACCUUCACAUAUGAAUUCAUACCAAAAAUUAGUCCUACUGAAAAAUCCUUUGAUCUUCCCUUUUUGCACAAAACCAAUGAAAGAAAUGCAAAAGGGAACAACCUCUACCCUUUCCUUCACCUCUCAUCAGAUGGAAACCUCUUCAUUUUCGCAAACCGUGACUCAAUUCUCCUCAACCCGAGACGAAACAGAGUCAUUAAGACAUUUCCUCGUAUACCUGGUGACGGGUCGCGAAACUACCCGAGCUCUGGCUCAUCAGUGAUGCUUCCACUGGAUCACAGCGACAAUUUCCACAAAGUGGAGGUUAUGGUGUGUGGAGGUUCAGCAACCGGAGCACUCAGAGCUGCUAGUAACGGAAAAUUCCUCGAGGGAUUGAGAUCUUGUGGGAGAAUGGUGAUAACAGGGAAUGACAACAAGUGGGAAAUGGAGUACAUGCCGGAACCGCGUCUCCUACACGACAUGCUGAUUCUCCCUAAUGGGAACAUUCUGAUCAUCAAUGGAGCAAAACAUGGUUGUGCUGGGUAUGACAAUGCUAGAAACGCUUCUCUUGAGCCUUAUCUAUAUAGCCCAAAGAAACGAUUAGGAAAAAGGUUCAGGGUUCUGAAAUCGACCAAAAUCGCCAGAAUGUAUCACUCAUCUGCAACUCUUCUUCCUGAUGGGAGAGUCUUGGUUGCAGGAGGAAACCCUCACGGAAGGUACAGUUUUCACAAUGUGGCGUACCCAACGGAACUGAGACUUCAAGCAUUUGUUCCGCACUAUAUGCAUCGGAGGUACCAUAGCUGGAGGCCAAGCAAUUUGACAGUAAAAUCUGGCGGUGGUGGUGAAAGGGGUGUGAUUGGGUAUGGGGCUGAAUUUAGGGUUCGGUUUUUGGUGGGGACAAGGCCGAGCAAUGAGGUAGCGUUUAGUGUCUACGCGCCGCCGUUUACUACUCACUCGGUGGCGAUGAAUCAGAGGAUGUUGAAGCUGAGGUGCAGGAGCAUGGUGAGGAGUAGUGGAGGAUGGGUGGAUGCUGUUUUGGAAGCGCCACCGUCACCGCGUGUUGCGCCGUCUGGUUAUUACUUGCUCACGGUUGUGAAUGGAGGAAUUCCAAGCGUGUCUCAAUGGAUUCAGUUUGGGCACGCCUAGGAUAUGUUUCUGGCGUUCCAUUCCAGUUAAAGAGUUACAAGAAUCAAAUAAAUGCUUAUAGUUAAUCAAAGUUACCUUAGCCCCUUUGUAUCUUGUUAACAAGUGUUUUAAAAAUUUGAUUAAAAUAUACGUAAUACAUUUUUAGUUUAUUUAAGAUUAAGUGCUUAAAAAAGAUUAAGUGCUUUUUAUUUUCUCAAAAUAAUAUUAUUUUUUCCUUGAUUAUUGGCUUCACAAUUUAUAAACAGGUGUGAGGCUCGGUGUGAGGGUUUACCUCAUGACAACGAACAAGUGUAUUGUCUUAAGACUAAAGUGAAGAAGGAUUCUUUGGAUUUCAAUGUCAUCUCAUCAUUGGGAAUAGUUUCGUGCGGAAGCAUGACUUGGAGUGUAGACCAAGUGGAGUCCAAUGGGAGCUUGAAUCUCGUACAACUCAUAG